AUGGCCCAGGGCGAGAAGCAGCGUGCGGGUUACAGCCAGUUCGCCUGCAUCGGCAGCGGCUUCUCUGCCAUUGGUCUCGGGGCGACGCUGAAGCGAUGGUAUGGCAUCACAGACGUUCGCUUUUUUGAGCGCCACGAUCAACUCGGCGGGACAUGGUUUGCAAACCAAUACCCAGGCUGCGCGUGCGACGUCCCUAGCAUUCUCUACAGCUUCUCCUUUGCGCCAAACCCCAAAUGGACGCGAAUUCUCGCCUCAGCCCAGGAGCUGUGGGAGUACCUGUACAAGGUUGCCAACGACUAUGACCUGCCUUCCAAGAUGAGGUUUGGGGUCGAAGUCGUCCGCUGUGAAUGGAUCGAAAGCACCAAGCGCUGGCGACUGGAGAUACGGGACCUCGAGGACGGAGCCAUCUUCUUUCACGAAUGCCAGUUCCUCUUCAGCGGCACCGGCAUCUUGGUCACGCCGCGCGAACCUGAUAUGCCCGGCAUCGAGACGUUCAAGGGUCCCGUUUUCCACGCCGCGCGAUGGCGCAAGGAUGUCUCCUUAAAGGACAAGAAUGUGGCUCUCAUCGGCAACGGCUGCACCGCGUCCCAGAUUGUACCAAAAGUCGUCGGUGAAACGCGCCACUUGACGCAGUACAUCCGAUCCAAGCACUGGAUCAUCCCUCCCAUCGACGUGCCGCACACCAAGACCAUCAGCUGGCUGUUCCAGUAUGUGCCCGGUCUGAUGGCGUUUGUUCGCUUCUGCGUCUUUCUCUACGCGGAAAACGACAUGCGCGGCUUCUACAUGACCAGGGCGGGCGAGCGGUACCGCAAGAGCCGCGAGCGCAAUGCCACACGGUACAUCCGCAAGACCGCCCCGGAGCGCUACCAUGACCUGCUGAUACCCGACUUUGAGAUUGGCUGCAAGAGGAGGAUCUUUGACCCGGGCUAUUGCGAGGCGCUGCACGCGACCAACCUGGACGUGCUCGACGAUCCCAUUGAGGAGGUGCUGCCAGACGCGAUCCGCACCAAGGGCGGCAAGGUCACCAAGGCUGACGUUAUUGUUCUUGCCAACGGCUAUUCGACAAACCAGUUCAUGAGCGGCAUCGAGGUUGUGGGCAGGAACGGCGUGACGAUAGACAAGCACUGGGAGAAGUUUGACGGCCCCGAGGCGUACAACUGCAUUGCUCUAAACGAGUUUCCGAAUUUCUUCAUGAUCUUGGGCCCAAACACCGCCACUGGACACACGUCCACCAUUAUGGCCGCCGAAAACGGCAUCAACUACGCCCUCCGCGUCAUCAAGCCCGUGCUCGACGGCUACGCCGACACCGUCGAAGUCAAGUCCGAAGCUGAGGAGCGCUACUCUCGCCAGCUGCAGGAAGACCUUCACAAGACGGUAUGGUGGGGAGGUUGCGUGAGCUGGUAUAACGUGGCCGGCCGCAGCGGGAAGAAAUGGAACUCGAUGACCUACCCGCACUCGCAGGCGCACUACUGGUACAAGUGCCUGUUUCCCACGUACGAGGACUGGAGCUACACGAUGACUCCAGGCGCUGUGCGGCGAAAGUUCCUGCGACGAGCACUCAAGAUUGUCCUUUGGUUGGGUGUUCUUGUCUCCGCGCUGGGCGUGGGUGCGUCUCUUCGCAAGAACAGCCAUGGUCUGAACCAAUAUCUGCCCCAUUUACUACAGGCGUAUCAGGCAGUGCGGACGCGGCUCCCUUUCUGA